AUGGGGACUCCCAAGGCCCAGCACCCACCGCCUUCCCAGCUGCUGUUCCUAAUUCUGCUGAGCUGUGCCUGGAUUGAGGGUCUGCCCCUGAAGGAGGAUGAAAUGAUGCCAGAACCUGGAAGUGAGACUCCCACUGUGGCUUCUGAGGACCUGGCUGAGCUGCUCCAUGGAGCUUUGCUGCGGAAGGGCCCAGAGAUUGGUCUCUUGCCGGGAUCUGACCCAGACCCCACACUAGCCACCCCUCCAGUCGGCCAGACUCUUGCAGCGCCCUUCCUGCCACGUGCCACUGAGCCAGGGACAGGGCCUCUGACGACAGCCGUCACCCCUAAGGGGGUCAGGGGGGCAGGCCCCACCGCGCCAGAACUGCUGACCCCGCCCCCCGGAACUACAGCCCCGCCCCCGCCCGGCCCCGCCUCCCCAGUCCCAUCCCUCAGGCCCGAGGGAGGAGAGGAGGAAACCACCACCACCAUCAUCACCACAACAACUGUCACCACUACUGUCACUAGCCCAGUUCUGUGCAAUAACAACAUCUCUGAGGGGGAAGGGUUCGUGGAGUCUCCGGACUUGGGGAGCACUACCAGCCGCUCUAUGGAACCCCUAGACUGCACCUACAGCAUCCAUGUCUACCCUGGCUAUGGCAUUGAGAUUCAGGUUCAGACACUCAACCUGUCUCAAGAGGAGGAGCUCCUGGUGCUGGCCGGUGGGGGAUCCCCAGGCCUGGCCCCCAGACUCUUGGCUAAUUCCUCCAUGCUGGGAGAAGGACAGGUCCUUCGGAGCCCAACAAACCGGCUGCUUCUGCAUUUCCAGAGUCCUCGGGUCCCAAGGGGCAAUGGCUUCAGGAUUCACUAUCAGGCAUACCUUCUGAGCUGCGGCUUCCCACCCCGGCCAGCCCACGGGGAUGUGAGUGUGACGGAUCUGCAUCCUGGGGGCACUGCCACCUUCCACUGUGACUCGGGAUACCAGCUGCAGGGUGAGGAGAUGCUUAUCUGCCUCAAUGGUACACGGCCAGCCUGGACUGGUGAACCCCCAAGCUGCAUAGCAUCUUGUGGGAGCACCAUCCACAAUGCCACACUGGGUCGCAUUGUAUCUCCUGAGCCUGGGGGAGCCGCAGGGCCCAACCUUACCUGCCGCUGGGUCAUUGAAGCAGCUGAGGGACGCCGGCUACACCUGCAUUUUGAGAGAGUCUCUCUGGAUGAGGACAAUGACCGGCUGAUGGUGCGCUCUGGGGGAAGUCCCCUGUCCCCUGUGAUUUAUGACUCUGACAUGGAUGAUGUCCCUGAGCGUGGUCUCAUCAGUGAUGCCCAGUCCCUCUACGUAGAACUGCUUUCAGAGACACCAGCCAAUCCCCUGCUGCUCAGCCUCCGAUUCGAAGCCUUUGAGGAGGAUCGCUGCUUCGCCCCUUUCCUGGCACAUGGCAACGUGACUACCACAGACCCUGAGUACCGCCCGGGGGCACUGGCCACCUUCUCAUGCCUCCCAGGAUAUGCUCUGGAGCCGCCAGGGCCCCCCAAUGCCAUCGAAUGUGUGGAUCCCACAGAACCUCACUGGAAUGACACAGAGCCAGCCUGUAAGGCCAUGUGUGGAGGAGAGCUGUCCGAGCCGGCUGGUGUGGUCCUCUCUCCCGACUGGCCCCAGAGUUAUAGCCCUGGCCAGGACUGCGUGUGGGGCCUGCACGUCCAGGAAGAGAAGCGCAUCUUGCUCCAGGUUGAAAUCUUGAAUGUUCGCGAAGGGGAUAUGCUGACACUGUUUGAUGGGGACGGUCCCAGCGCUCGAGUCCUGGCCCAGCUGCGGGGACCUCAACCGCGCCGCCGCCUCCUCUCCUCCGGACCCGAUCUCACUCUGCAGUUUCAGGCGCCCCCUGGGCCCCCAAAUCCGGGUCUAGGCCAGGGCUUUGUAUUACAUUUCAAAGAAGUCCCAAGGAACGAUACAUGUCCUGAGCUGCCACCUCCUGAGUGGGGUUGGAGGACAGCAUCCCACGGGGACCUUAUCCGGGGCACAGUGCUCACUUACCAAUGCGAGCCUGGCUACGAACUCCUGGGAUCAGACAUCCUCACUUGCCAAUGGGAUCUAUCCUGGAGCGCCGCUCCACCUGCCUGCCAAAAGAUUAUGACUUGUGCUGACCCUGGCGAGAUCACCAAUGGCCACCGGACUGCCUCAGACGCCGGUUUCCCAGUCGGCUCCCAUGUCCAGUAUCGCUGUCUGCCAGGGUACAGCCUAGAAGGGGCAGCUGUACUCACCUGCUACAGCCGGGACACAGGAACACCCAAAUGGAGCGAUCGAGUCCCCAAAUGCGCCUUAAAGUACGAGCCGUGCCUGAACCCCGGAGUCCCCGAGAACGGUUACCAGACACUGUACAAGCACCACUACCAAGCCGGCGAGUCUCUGCGUUUCUUCUGUUACGAGGGCUUUGAGCUCAUCGGCGAGGUCACCAUCACCUGUGUGCCCGGUCACCCCUCUCAGUGGACCAGCCAGCCCCCCCUCUGCAAAGUGGCCUAUGAGGAGCUCCUGGACAACGGAAAACUGGAAGUGACCCAGACUACAGACCCAUCACGGCAGCUGGAGGGUGGGAACCUUGCUCUGGCCAUCCUGUUGCCCCUAGGUUUGGUCAUUGUCCUGGGCAGUGGCGUUUACAUAUACUACACCAAGCUGCAAGGAAAAUCGCUUUUCGGUUUCUCUGGUUCCCACUCCUACAGUCCCAUCACCGUGGAGUCAGACUUUAGCAACCCACUGUAUGAAGCUGGGGAUACACGGGAGUACGAAGUCUCCAUCUGAACCCCGAGUCUAAGUCUGCAGGACCCAGGACCGCCCCAUUCUCUCGCCAUUCUGG